CAUACACACACAUACAAACACACAUACACAUAUGCAAACACACGCGUUUGUUUCUGCAGUGGCUUGUACCGCCGACUGGCCGUGAGUCUCUCUCGAGACCCCAUCAUCAUCAACCCGUCCGCGUGUGCGCCUCUCUCUCUCUGCCUGAGCUCUCUGCACGCUGCUCGCUCCCUUUCCCACACUGGCCCGACCCAGCAAGCACCCUCCCUGCCCCUCCCCUCCCUCACCACCACCGCCGCCACGCGUGGUGGUGACAUCACCAGGCAGGCAACCACUGCUCUGGCUUUCUGGUGGCUGCGUUUCGCUUGGUGGGAUGCGCCUCGAGCGCAGCUCCUUCUCGCACCCGACCGAGCUCCACCGCGCACACUCGCAGCGGACGGGGGCCCGCGCAGCGAGAGGGAGGAGGAAGACGAAUUAUCGCUAGAGUAGCUGAGAUCCCCCCAAGACAACUGCCGCGCCAGGAGAGCGGACCCCCUCACACCAAGGGGACCCCGUCGCCUACACCCCCCUCCCCUCUGCCACCCGUGCCGACCUUGACUCACCCGGCCAGGUUACCGUGACCGCCUUGCUGGCACGCGGCACCUGCGAACCCACGUGUUGGUGGACCUCCUGGCACCAACCUGAAGCCGGGCAACGCCAACGCAGCCCUCGGGGCGCGCCUCUGGGGCAGCCCGGAGCAAUGCGUCAUCGCCCGCACCUGCAGGGAGCGCUGCCGCUGCUGCUGCUGCUGCUGCUCCACGCGUGCGCGCAGGUGUUGUGGCCCAAUGUCGCUGCCGGGCAGGCGGUGGGGCCUUUGCCGGCAGCAGCGGCGGCGGCGGCGGCGGCAGCGGCGUCGGCGGCGCUUCGUCGCCCGUACUGCGAGUGGCCGUGCCGCUGCGCGCACGGGGAGCCGCGCUGCCCCGUGGGGGUGAGCGCGGCGCUCGACGGCUGCGGCUGCUGCCGCGUGUGCGCUAGGCAGCAGGGCGACCUGUGCACGGAGGCGGACACGUGCGACCCUCACAAGGACCUCUACUGUGACUACUCGGGGGACAGCCCGAGGUAUGAGAUAGGAGUGUGCGCACACAGCGUCGGCGUGGGCUGCGAGCUGAACGGGCAUCGUUACCACAACGGGCAGAGCUUCCUGCCCAGCUGCAAGUACGCAUGCACCUGCAUCAACGGCGCGGUGGGCUGCGUGGCGCGCUGCGCGCUCAGCCCGCGGCCGCCAGCGGCGCGCUGUCUGCGGCCCCGCCUGCUCAAGUCGGCCGACCGCUGCUGUGAGGAGUGGCACUGCCUCGACUCGAAGAAGGUGAAAAAGUCGGCGCCCAAGGCGCUGCUGCAGAGCAAGCCGCGGCCAGUGUUCCGCGGCCACGGGAAUCAGUGGAACAAUAACUGCCUGAUGCAGAGCACCGAGUGGAGCGCGUGCUCGCGCUCGUGCGGCGUGGGCAUCUCCACGCGCAUCACCAACGACAACCCCAGCUGCCACCUGCUCAAGGAGCGGCGACUCUGCCUCGUGCGUCCGUGCGACCUCGCGCUCACCCGGGGCGUGCGGGACGGCAAGAAGUGCGUGCGCGUGUACGUGGCGGAGAAGCCGGUGCGCCUCGAGCUGUCGGGCUGCGUGUCGCGCGCCGCCUUCCAGCUGCGCUACUGCGGCGGCUGCACGGACGGGCGCUGCUGCCGGCCCCUGCGCACGCACACAAUCCCCGUCGACUUCGACUGCCCCAACGAUGGAGGGCGCGCCGGUGGCGGUGCCGCGGGGGCCGCCACCGGCACCGCCACGACCGUCAGGUGGAACGUCAUGUGGGUUCGGAGCUGCUCGUGCCACUGGGACUGCGUGAACCCCAACGACAUGUUCGCCGAGCUCGGCAACUUCCAGGUGCUCAAGGAGGAGGAGCAGGAGGAGGAAGAGGGGAACGCGCGCGCCAUCGAGAACUGAGCGAGGCUGAGAACGGUUCGAACCGCCCCCGGAGAUCCGUCGAGAGGGGAGCAGCGAACGUCUCGUUGUGCGCGGUCUCUCUUGUCGUCGCCAGGGCUUCAUUUCUCACCUAAUAUUCCCCUCCGGAUCGCUGCCGAUGCAAUUGCAGUGGCUGGCACGUGAUUAGUCGUAGCCACCUGCUGCGAGGAGAGGUUUACUGGAUGUGGGGCGCCGGGUGUGGAUAUAUUUUCUGGGUCGCCGAUCCAGACAUAUCCAGAUGAAAUGAAGCCCUGGUUAUUAUGGGAGUUACAACAGAUGUUCAAUCUGUUGCGCGACAUCCCAACGUUACCGCAUUUAUCGGGCCCGAUGGACGUGUAACUGUCGAACGUUCAUUUUUUUCCAACACCGCGCCGAUGUCUCCAUCAUUACCGACAGGCCAAACGUGUUUCAGUCACUCGUCAAGAUGUGUGCAUAGUUCACAGCGUACGUGGACAACCGUCCGUGGAAGACAAGGUGCGAAUCGGUGAAGGAGUUUAUGGUUCCGCCGCUAAAGUGGCUUCGGCGACGCAUGCUCUCUCACCACGUGCUGCUGGGAGAAUCGGCCUCUCCAUCCAGUGUCCGGUGAAAAUGCGGCAAUGUUUCCGUCACCGAAGAUGUGGAGGGUGACAUCUCCCACGACGGCGCGUGUCACCCGGUUCACCAACGCGCGAAUCACGCUCCGUGUGCGAGAGGCGAGCGAUCGGAGCCGGCGCGUCGUGUCGUGUCGAGCGAUCGCGUGUUCGACAGCAGCGACGGCGACUCCGUGUUGGGAUGAUCGUGAUGAUGAUGGCAGUGAUGUUGAUGAUAAUGAUUGGAUUGUGAAUGUCAGCAGCUGCAACCGACGAGUGGCCUGGUGAUAACAAUGUGGGCGACUGCUUACGAGUUUGUGCCCCGAACAGGGUCGAUGCGUUAGGUGCACUUUGUCGAGAAUUAUUUCUUAAAGAAAUCCAUUUAAAAAAAAAAGUCAAAGUGUCUCCAUGUUCAAAUGAGCGUGGGGUGGUGCUAAUGUCCGCCGGUGGCCUCGAACCAGCCAUGGAAAUUCCACAUUUAUAGUGGGGGAAACAUUUUUUCCCCACGGGGCAACUACCAUUGCCUCGAAAGCCAUUGUACGCACUUUAACCCAAAGGGGUUAAUGUUGGAAUGGAAGCGAAAUUGAAAAGGAAUUUAAAAAUGUGCAUAAGAUAAUAAGAGGACUUCCGCUCAGCACAACCACACCCUUCGUAUGUACUGCAUGUGUUUGCAUGUUGAACUUUCUUUCGCACCGUACGUAGCCAACCGUGCUAAUCAGAGUGUGCAGAGUAGGAGGACAACAAACCGAACGGACCUCGCCGUGCAACUCUUCUUCUGCAGCGGAUGCCGACGCCAGCCGGGUUCCAGAACACCUGUCUCACUGAUGCUCACGCAA